GAACAGGAAAUACAGUAGUGAUAAUGGUUGGCUAUCCCAAAGGAAUAGAGAUACUGGAGCCAGUACGAAGAGGGAUUCCAGUAAGAAUGACUAUUGGUGUUGGCACACGACAUGUGCAGGAAUAUAUUAGUGGUCAGUCCGUUGUGUUUGUAGCUAUUGCCUUCAUCACCAUGAUGAUUAUAUCGCUCGCUUGGCUCAUAUUUUACUAUAUACAACGUUUCCUGUAUACAGGAUCACAGUUUGGAAACCAGGGACAUAGGAAAGAAACCAAGAAAGCAAUCAGCCAGCUUCAGCUGCAUACUGUGAAACGUGGAGAAAAGGGUUUAGAUGUUGAUGUGGAAAACUGUGCUGUGUGCAUUGAGAACUAUAAACUGAAAGACACUGUCCGCAUUCUGCCAUGCAAGCACAUCUUCCAUAGAACAUGCAUUGACCCUUGGCUUUUGGACCACCGAACUUGUCCAAUGUGUAAACUAGAUGUUAUCAAAGCUUUAGGAUACUGGGGGGACCCUGAAGAUGUACUUGAAGUUCCAAUACCUGAAUCAAUAAGUGGCAGUGUUUCAGUCGGAAGUCUGAGUAUUGCUUUACAAGAUGAUGACAGAAAUGAAGUAAGCGAAUUGUCAGCUUCGUCCACUAAUGAAUCUGUGUUGCAGUGUACCAGUUUAAAAGAGGACGCAGGUGAAACCACAGCAUUACUUGAUGUGGAUGUCAGUAAUAACCGACAUGGAGAACAUCUAUCUAAUGGAAAUUCCCACUGAACUGCUUCAUGGAAGAUAUCUUGAAUAGACUGUUGAAGAACUAUUAUUUUUUAUUUAAUUAGUAUGGACUUUUGUCUAGUUAACGGAAAAAAUAACUAUGUAAAUUAUUUUACCUUUCAAACUUUUCUAGCUGGUGUUCCAAAAGGGCUAAUAACUAAGAAUUUUGUACGCAGGAGGAUUUUAUAAAAUCUCCUCUGGAUGUCUCAUCCUAAAAAAAGAUGCAAUAACCCUUUUUCUGUAAGCAUCGUUACAAUGUCAUUGUGUUCCAGAGGGCUGUAACAAAGAUGAAGACUAGGCAGUGAAAACAAUGUAGAAUGUCUAACAGAAAUAUUUUAGAUGCACUAUUUACAUUUAGUAUGUACACAUGGAGAACACUUACAAGACCACAACUUUUAAAAUGUUCUGAAAGUCCUGAUCUGUUGUAAUUGGAGAUGGACAAUCAUAGAAAAGACAUAAUCCACCUUGAAAGAUCAAAGAACUUCACAGAUAUGUUGCAUA